AAGGUAGCAAAGUGGGCUUAAUCCAAUCUCCCUAUCCAUCCACUCACCAUUCCCAAUCUCUCUCCUAAUCAAAAACAAAACCAGCACGAAACGAACCCUUUCUCUCUCUCUCUUUCCCCUUUCCUCUUCUUCUCUCUCCUCUCACUCCAUUAUCAUCUUCAUCUCCACUGCAACUACUCCCACCAUUUUUCUGGGUUUUUCUUCUUCCCUAAAACCCUCCAUUAAAACCCCACAAAAUCUACUCAAUUUAGGAGAGAGAAAACACAGGAAAGAACAACCCCAAAAACCAUGAACACCACACUUCCUCUUUCUUCAUCCAAAUCCCCUCUUCUCUUCUCAUCUUUUACUCCCCUUAAUCAAACCCCUUCUCUCCUUCCCCAUUUCAUCCGUAUACCACUCACCCGUUUUCGCCUCUCUAAGCUCAGAUGCUCUGCUUCUGACCAAACACCCACAUCCGCACCCGGACCCGAACCCGGUAGCGGUAUCAAGAGCUCUGAGGUGUUCGGGGGUCCGAGAGAGUUGUCGGGUAUGCAAUCAUUGGCUGACAGUUUGUCACCGCCGGUGAGAAUAGCCAGCUCGGUUCUGCUUGUUGCGGCUGCUUCUGCUGCCGGUUUUGGGUUAGGGUCUAAAAUUGGGGGUUCGAGGAAUGUGGCAAUCGGUGCUGCGGUUGCUCUUGGUGCUGCCGGUGGCGCCGCCGCUUAUAGUUUGAAUUCUUGUGUUCCUGAGGUUGCUGCUAUCAAUUUGCAUAAUUAUGUUGCGCAAUGUGAUGACUCGCUUUCUUUGAGCAAGGAUGAAAUCCUGGCUAUUGCUAAUAAGUAUGGUGUUAGCAAGCAAGAUGAAUCUUUUAAUGCUGAGCUGUGUGACUUGUACCUUAGCUUUCUUUUGUCGGUGCUUCCUGCUGGAAAUGAAGAUCUCAAGGGUACUGAAGUUGAAACUAUUGUUAAGUUCAAAAAUGCUCUUGGCAUCGAUGAUCCUGAUGCUGCUAACAUGCAUAUUGAGCUUGCCAGGCGGUUUGUCAGACAGAGGCUUGAAACUGGGGAUCGUGAGGGUGACAUUGAGCAGCGUCGGGCAUUUCAGAAGCUAGUGUAUGUUUCAACUCUUGUUUUUGGGGAGGCCUCUGCAUUUCUUCUACCCUGGAAGCGUGUAUUUAAAGUGACUGAUUCCCAGGUUGAGGUUGCUGUUCGUGACAAUGCUCAAAGGCUGUAUGCUCAGAGACUGAAAUUAAUCAGCAGAGAUCUGGAUAUGAAGCAGCUUGUUGAUCUGAAAGAAGCUCAACUUUCGUAUCGUUUGUCUGAUGAGUUGGCCGAGGAGAUGUUUAAGGAACAUACAAGAAAACUAGUAGAAGAAUGCAUUUCAAGAGCUGUUGACGUUCUGAAGUCCCGUAAUAGAGCAGGGGGAGCUAUUGAGGUUGUAAAUGAGCUGAAUAGAGUACUUGCUUUUAAUGAUAAGCUUAUCUCAUUAAGAAACCAUCCAGAUGCUGGUAAUUUUGCCCGAGGCAUCGGGCCAAUUUCCUUAGUAGAUGGUGAGUUUGACAGUGACAGGAGGAUUGAUGACUUGAAGCUUCUCUACAGAGCAUAUAUUACUGAUUCUUUAUCUAGUGGCCGCAUGGAAGACAGCAAGCUUGCUGCAUUGAACCAGUUAAAGAACAUAUUUGGUCUUGGAAAACGUGAAGCAGAAAGUAUUAUGAUGGAUGUGACCUCGAAGGUUUAUCGCAAGCUACUGUCUCAAGCGUUUUCUAGUGGUGAUUUGGAUGCAGCUGAAAGCAAAGCGAAUUACCUUCAGAAUUUGUGUGACCAGCUGCGGUUUGACCCUGAGAAGGCGAGUGAGAUCCAUGCAGAAAUAUAUCGACAGAAGCUACAGCAAUGCUUAGCUGAUGGAGAGUUGAGUGAGGAGGAUGUCAAAGCUUUACUACGCGUACGGGUCAUGCUGUGUGUUCCCCAAAAAAUUGUUGAAGCUGCUCAUGCUGAUAUUUGUGGCAGUUUGUUUGAGAAGGUUGUGAAGGAUGCAAUUGCUUCCGGAGUUGACGGAUAUGAUGCAGAUGUAAAAGAAAAUGUGAGGAAAGCCGCACAUGGUUUGCGCUUGACUAGGGAAGCUGCAAUGUCAAUUGCUAGUAAGGCGGUCCGCAGAAUAUUCAUUAACUAUAUUAAACAGGCAAGGGCAGCUGGAAGUCGCACUGAAUCGGCAAAAAUACUUAAGAAGAUGAUCGCAUUCAACACCUUGGUGGUCACUGAAUUAGUUGCUGAUAUUAAAGGGGAAUCAACUGAUGUUCCGACAGAAGAACCAGUUAAAGAGGAAGAGGAGAAGAUUGAAGAUGAGGAAGAAUGGGAAUCACUCCAGACAUUAAGAAAAUCAAGACCUACUAAGGAACUUGAGGCCAAAAUUGGGAAACCUGGGCAGACAGAGAUUACUGUUAAAGAUGACCUUCCAGAGAGGGAGAGGGCUGACCUGUACAAGACAUACUUGUUAUACUGCAUAACUGGUGAAGUAACCAAGAUUCCAUUUGGUGCACAAAUCACCACGAAGAAGGACAACACAGAAUACCUCUAUCUGAAUCAGCUUGGUGAUAUUCUUGGUCUUACACGUAAGGAGAUUGUAGAGGUUCAUAGAGGUAUGGCCGAGCAAGCUUUUAGACAGCAAGCAGAGGUCAUUCUGGCUGAUGGACAGUUGACUAAGGCUAGGAUGGAGCAACUGGAUGAGGUUCAGAAGCAAGUUGGCUUGCCACCAGAGUAUGCUCAAAAGGUGAGAGAGAACAUUAUAAAUUCAAAAAUGGCUGCUGCCAUAGAAACAGCUAUUGGCCAAGGAAGGCUCAGCAUAAAACAAAUAAGAGAACUCAAGGAAGCUGGUGUAAAUAUUGAUAACAUGAUAGCAGUGAGUUUACGGGAGAAUCUCUUCAAGAAGUCUGUGGAUGAGAUAUUUUCUUCUGGUACUGGAGAAUUUGAUGAUGAGGAAGUCUAUGAAAAGAUUCCCGCUGACUUGAAAAUUAACCCAGAGAAGGCUAAAGGAGUUGUCCACGAACUUGCUCGUAGUAGAUUAGCUAACUCAUUGGUUCAAGCAGUAGCUUUACUAAGACAGAGAAACCGCACCGGGGUGAUCUCCACUCUUAAUGAUCUGCUAGCUUGUGACAAGGCUGUGACAGCUGAGCCCUUGUCAUGGGAAGUGCCAGAGGAACUAGCAGAUCUUUUUGCUAUUUAUGCCAAGAACAAUGCAGCACCUGAGAAGAUCUCGCGUCUACAGUAUCUGCUAGGAAUCAGUGACUCUGCAGCAGCUUCUCUGAGAGAGAUGGAGGACAGACUACCUAGUUCUAGUGCUGAAGCUGAGGAAUUUGUCUUUUGAAGACGAAAAGUUACGUUAUAGUUUAGUGCAGAGGAAUGAGGAAUGUCUAUUAGUGAAUACUCGUAUAGGGUUAUCAACAAAAUAGUUUGAUUUUGCUUUGUUUUAUGUUUCUAGUACGGCUUAUAUCUCAAAAGAGAUGGAUACCUAAGUUUGUAUCUCUCUCUCUUUUUUCUUUUUUCCUCCUCUCUUGGUAUUGGGGAGCAUUUUGAAGCGUCCUAGUAUUUUUUUUGUAUGGUAAAUAUUUUUUGCUAUUGAUGGAAUCACCCUUGAUUAAUGAGAAAUUUUGGUUUCUGAUUACAA